AUGAAACAUCCUACUUCUUGCAUGCUGCAAAUUUUCUCAUUAGCUAUGGCUAAAAUUCCUCAGGAUGAUGACUUCGUAGAGUUGUAUGGAUACAUAGCAGUGCGGGAUGAUCUAGAUGUGUUGCUUAAUUAUGUCGUCAAUAUUAGCAGGGAUGAUCCCAUCAUUGUGGAGAAGGGUUCUCUCAUCAGCAUGGCUGGUGGCCCUAAGCGAGGGAUAUAUAUGGAUGAUGAUGGUCUAAUUGAGUAUGACAUGAGGAUCAAGAGAGGCAGGCAAGAAGGAGAUGACCUACAGGUGAUUGACGGUGCAACAAUCUUAAGCCCUUGGGGCACAUCGGAGCGGCCGUUCACAUUUAACAUCUCUGGCGACUGUGGCGGUGCGGUUGCCAUAACUUUAGCAUAUCUUUCCAGCGCGGUUGAGGCCACAGUAGAGGUUCUCAUAUCGGAAGUGCAUAGCAGUUUCCAUAUGUCUCUCGGAUGUUUUACCAGUGGGUGUUAUAACGAGAACCGGCUCUUCGAUGGCGUUGUUGUCAAGUCUUGUGCCCUGAAGAGGUCUGUGGUUGCCGUAGUGAGGUGGUCUUCCAUACGUUUGAAAUUCAAGGUAUGCGCACCAUCAUCCGGAUCCGAGUCCCAACGUCGUUGUACCUUCAAGGCGAAGACCCAUGGGCAUAAAACUCGAGAGAUAAAAACUGAUUUUGCGCUGAUCUCGGUGAAGGUGACUUGGGGUCGACGCUCGACGCUGCCUGGUAGCUUUCCUGGCUAA